UUUUGUGUAAUCUCGGUCUCCUUCACCUGGACCGCUACAGUCAUGCUGCAUCUCGUACUUACUAAGUUCCCUGUAGCUGUUUCUGCCUUUGCUGCUUAUUUAAGUUUUUAUUUCCUGUCAUUUGAGUUUGUGUAUUGAAGAAAAGUCAAUACAAACUCUUAAUUAUUUAUUUCUUAUUAAAUCUGUUGUAUCCGUAAGUCUUGGGCUCUGUGUGACUGGGUCCUAGUGUUAGUAGGACGUCUUGCUUUGGAACUCCGUGGUCCUGAUGUGAGCCGCAUGCAGCUGUUGGCCAACAUGCAAACUCCCAGACAGCUGCCGGCUCGUGAUUGGCUGAAGGCAGCGCCCCACCUUUGUACCACACCUCCAUGACCCGGGUCAUCGGCGUUACAGGUGUGGUUGAGCAGGUGGAGGAGCCGAGCUCUCAUUUCAGCCAUGCAGGAGGAGGAGGACACGCCUCUGAAGACUCUGCAGCCUCAGACUCGCUGCCCGACAUGUGGGGACGCACUGGAGUGGUCAGAGGAGCACAGGGUCCUGCUGGGCUGCUCCUGCAACGCGACGGUAGAUGAGACGCUGGAAGGCGGAGCCAGAGGCCUGGGCAGCAGGAUGAAGAAGGAGAAGAGUCACUGGGCGGCUGGAAGAGUGGGCGACAUCGACUUCGUGGGUUCGACCAAGACGAGAGGGAAGUUUGUGAGGGUGCGCAGCGACACGGACCCGGUGCUGAUCUACCACAUGCUGACGGAGGAGUGGGGCCUCUCUCCUCCCCACCUGGUGGUGGCCUUGGUUGGAGGAGACGAGCUGUCGCAGAUGAAGCCGUGGCUCAGGGACACUCUGAGGAAAGGACUGGUGAAGGCGGCUCAGAGCACAGGGGCGUGGAUCCUGACCAACGGCCUUCGCUUUGGUAUCACCAAGCACUUGGGCCAGGCGGUGCGAGACCACUCCCUGGCCAGCACCUCUUCUAAGGUCCGCGUAGUGGCCAUCGGCAUCGCACCCUGGAACAAGAUCCACAACCGCGAGGCGCUCCUCGCCGCCAAGGUGGACGAGCCUGCGGCCUACAAGCCACAGGACCUGCCUCACGGCUCGGUCUAUUCCCUGGACAGCAACCACUCGCACUUUGUGCUGGUGGAGGAGGAUCCCAACAGGCCGGGAGCCACCAGCGAAAUGAGGGUGAAGCUGCUCAAGCACAUCUCCCUGCAGCGCACUGGUUAUGGAGGUACCGGCAGUUUUGAGAUCCCUGUUCUGUGUCUCCUGGUCCACGGGGAACCCAAGAUCCUGACGAGGAUGUGGAAAGGCAUUGGCAACUCCACACCGUGGCUGAUCCUGGCGCGCUCCGGGGGCGUGGCCGACAUCCUGGUCACGCUGAUGAACAGAGGCUCCUGGGACGCGGACAGCGUUCACGAGCUGCUGCUGGACACCUUUCCGAAUGCCCACCACAGCACAGACAUCAGUAACUGGGUCAAGCUGAUCCAGAGGAUACUGGACCACGGGCACCUCCUCACGGUCCACGACCCUGAACAGGAGAGUUCUGAGCUGGAUACCGUCAUCCUCAAAGCUCUAGUCAAAGCCUGUAAAAGCCAAAGUCAGGAAGCCCAAGACUUCCUGGAUGAGCUGAAGCUGGCUGUGGCCUGGAACAGAGUGGACAUCGCCAAGAGUGACAUCUUUAACGGAGACGUGGAGUGGAAGGCGUGCGACCUGGAGGAGGUGAUGAUGGACGCGCUGGUCAACGACAAGCCCGACUUCGUGCGCCUCUUCGUGGACAACGGCGUGAACCUGGGCGAGUUCCUGACCUACGGCCGCCUCCAGGAGCUUUACUGGUCGGUGUCGGAGAAGAGCCUGUUUCACAACCUGCUCCUCAAGAAGUACGAGGAGAAGCAGCUUCUGCUCGGAGCCGGCCGCACGCCCGGGCCGCACGCGCACCACCCGCCCGAGCAGGGCAAACCCCGCUUCACCCUCUACGAGGUCGCCAAGGUCCUCAAGGACUUUCUGCACGACUCCUGCAAAGGCUUUUACCAGAAGAACUCCACGGAGAAGCCAGCGAAGGGACGCCUGUUCCACAGCCAGAAGAACCUGGCUGAGUUGGAGGAGCGCUGUGAACAUCCGUGGAGGGAUCUCUUCCUGUGGGCCGUGCUUCAGAACCGGCAGCAGAUGGCCAACUACUUCUGGGCCAUGGGCCCUGAGGCGGUAGCGGCGGCGCUGGCGGGUUGUAAGAUUCUGAAGGAGAUGGCGCGACUGGAAUCUGAGGCUGAGUCUGCGCGGAGCAUGAAGGAGGCCAAGUAUGAGCAGUUCGCCCUUGAUGUCUUUGGAGAGUGUUACUCCAACAGCGAGGACCGGGCUUACGCUUUGUUGGUGAGGAGAACGCACUGCUGGAGCAAAUCUACGGUGCUGAACCUGGCAACCGAGGCCGACGCCAAGAGCUUCUUCGCCCACGACGGAGUUCAGGCUCUGCUCACCAAGAUCUGGUGGGGGGCCAUGACCACGGACACGGCCAUCUCCAAGCUGGUGGUGUCCUUCUUCUGUCCUCCCCUCAUCUGGACCAACCUCAUCAAGUUCAGCGAGGAGGAGCUCGACAGUCGCAAAGGAGGAGAACAGUUUGUGGAGAUGGACACUCUGGACACAGAGAAGGCUUUGCUGCUGACGGACGACGACGACCGCCUGGGCUCCUCGCCCGGAGCUCAGACCGACCCCAGCUGCGCCUCCGUGUGGUGGCGCUACCUGAUCCGUCGCUGGCGUCGCUUCUGGAGCGCUCCCGUCACCGUCUUCCUUGGGAACGUCAUCAUGUACUUCGCCUUCCUCUGCCUCUUCACCUACGUGCUCCUGCUGGACUUCCGCCCGCCGCCGCCCUUUGGCCCCGGAGCCCCAGAGAUCAUGCUCUACUUCUGGGUCUUCACCUUGGUGCUGGAGGAACUUCGACAGAGCUUCUUCACCGAUGAAGAGAUGCACAUUUUGAAGAAGUUCAAACUCUAUGUUGAAGACAACUGGAACAAGUGUGACAUGGUGGCCAUCUCCCUCUUCGUCGUUGGGGUUUCCUGCAGGAUGGCGGGUGGCACCUACGAAGCCGGGAGGACGGUUCUGGCCAUCGACUUCAUGGUCUUCACUCUGCGUCUGAUCCACAUCUUUGCCAUUCACAAGCAGCUGGGGCCCAAGAUCAUCAUUGUGGAAAGAAUGAUGAAGGACGUGUUCUUCUUCCUCUUCUUCCUGAGUGUGUGGAUGAUCGCGUACGGUGUCGCCACCCAGGCUCUUCUCCACCCCAACGACCCCAGGAUCGACUGGGUGUUCCGCAGGGCCCUGUACCGCCCGUACUUGCACAUUUUUGGCCAGAUUCCCUUGGAAGAAAUAGACGCUGCUCGCAUGCCUGAUUUUAACUGCACCAAUGACUCUGAGAUGAUUAUCAUGGGCCUCCUGCCGCCGUGUCCCAAUAAAUACGCCAACUGGCUGGUCAUCCUGCUGCUGGUCAUCUUCCUGCUUGUCACCAACGUCCUGCUGCUCAACCUCCUCAUUGCCAUGUUCAGCUACACGUUCCAGGUAGUUCAGGGAAACACAGACAUCUUCUGGAAGUUUCAGAGGUAUAACCUGAUUGUGGAAUACCACAGCCGUCCUGCCCUGGCACCACCCUUCAUCAUCAUCAGCCACCUCUCUCAGCUUCUGCUCUGCCUCUUUAAGCAGCCUGAGUCCAAGCAGGAGCACCUUGAGAGGGAACUGCCGGCCGGGCUGGACCAGAGGCUGAUAACAUGGGAGACGGUGCAGAAAGAGAACUACCUCGCCAAACUGGAGCGUCAGCAUAUGGAGAGCAGCGAGGAGAAGCUCAAGAGCACCUCUGCAAAGGUUCAGAGCUUGCUGAGGAUUGUGAAUGGGUUCAAAGACCAGGAAAAACGCCUGGUGUUCACGGAGACUCAGGUCCGAUAUUGUGGGGAGGUCUUGUCCUGGAUGGCAGAGUGCUUUGCUCAAAGUACGCUGAAGUGCGGCAAAGACGCUCCCAGAGCUCCCACGUCAGUGUCUCUAACAGCCUCUAAGAAAAGCAGCACCAAGGAUGCAGCCCAGAGUCAACCUGAGCAGGAAGCCCAGCCAGGGCACCCAGGCUACGGUGCCAACAAAAGAUUUCCAUACAUUGAUGAGUAAAAGUGAUGGUAAUCAAUAGACCACCUAAGAAGUUUGUUAUAGCUACAAUUAUUUUAGAACUUGUGAUGCAUGAUGGUGUAGUUUGUGGAAAAAGGGGACAUGUGUUAUUUAUAAGAGUUGUAUUGAAUUUAUUUGAAGUAAAUAUUUUUACUAGG